AUGCUGUCCCACAAGUGUGUUCGUGAAGAGGGACAUGUGCUUGUUGAGUCACCACUGGUGUGCAAGAAGUGCUUCCAAUUGGGGUACGACUUCUCGUCUUUCAAGUCCCAUCCGUGCCCCAAAGAGUUGACCUUUGAUGACAAACCCACGCCAGUUGUUUCGACCACCAACUCAGCAGAUGACCCAGAAAUCCCAGACAAAAGGUGGGUUACUCGGGUUGACCAUGAGCGCAAAACAAGGGUUCAGGCAGACAUGCAGGCUGCCCAAAAGGAAAUCAAACGCUUGGAGCUGUUGAAGAAGUUGCAGCUUGAGCGUCAGCAGUUGGCAAAUUUGAUGGCCCAAAAGCGGACAGCCACCAGUCCAGAGAUGUUGGACACCUUCCCUAUGAGCGAGCACGAGUCAUCUCAAUUGGCAGCAAUUGAGGCCAUGAAAAGUUCUCCGCCAAGCCAUGUGUCUGAAGAGACACCGAAGCCUCUUACCCGCACAGUCAACAAAGACAGCUUAGUAACGCAGGGUGCAGCCAAGGAGGAGCCCAAGGAGAAGUCAAGCGUAGAAGCAGCAUCAACAGAACAUGCGGAGACUUUGCCAGUGACCGCACCACCCGCUGGCAUAUCAAAGAAAGCAAUGGCAAAGGCACUUGAAGCUGUGAAAACUACCCCAUGCCUGUCACCUGAGGAGCAGUGCAAAGCAUUAGGAAAAACUCCCAAGCCAAAGGGACGUCCCAGAAACAAGCAUGCCAAAGCAAAGGCUACACCCAAGGCGAAGUCAACUACCAGGGGUAAGAAAGCAAAUGCCACACCCAAGGCGAAGUCAACUGCAAAGGAUAAGACUAAGACUACUCGCAAGGCAAAGACAGGAGAUCGCAAAAGGAAGGCUGGCAAAACAACAGAAACAAAUGGCAAUGAAGGAAUGGAGGAGGAAUACGCAUGGGAUGAGGAGUACGAGUACGAGGAGGCCCAGGAGCCAAUGGAUUGGGAGGAGGAUGACACAGGGUAUGAUGAGGAGAAUGGCGAUCACUCCCAUGACACUUUGCCACCGGCAUCCAAAACCAGGAAGCCACGAGGUAAGGGUAAGACUGGCAAAGCAGCCCCGAGCAGCAGCAGCAGCAGCAAAGCCAAGCCGCCCAAAGCGAGCAGCAGCAGCAGCAGCAAAGCCAAAGCGCCCAAAGCGAAGGCGAAGGCAUCCAGCAAGAAGGAUAAGAAAGUUGCAACUCAGGAGACCACCACUGACCCUGACACUUUGGCGAAAAAAGCAAGGCUAUCUAGGAAGUCGUGUGCAUCCAAGAAAGCCCGUCGAGAAGCCCUGAAUGCUGGCAAAACGCCAGAGGAAGCAAAAGCUGCAGCAGCAAAGGCAACUUGGUUACUUCUAGCUUGCGUUUGA